GUGGGACGGGCCCCUUUAGUCCUCUCUCCUCCCUGGAGUUGGGCAGUGAAGCUGUGCGGCUCCUCAGGCGUUCUGCAGGUACCUCCAACGCCUUGGUAACCAGAACGGCGCGACUGCUGAUUGGCUCGCGGAGCUGGAGGGGGCGGGGUCGGAGGCGGUGUCUAGGAUACCCGGUGGGGCGGGGCCAGCGCUGCCUGGCACCCACACUGAGGACCAGGGGAUGUGAGAUAUGCUGAAACGUGUAGCUGUUUGUUUGCCUAUAGGUCAGGGACUAUUAACCCCACCUCUGAACCUACAGAGAAUGUGAGAGUACCUAAUUGUGAGAGUGGAUUUUCAAGGGGAAGAGGUCUCGAUUUCAUCAGCCACUUCCAAACACGAGAGACCCCUCUCCCAAAUAAAUUUAAGAGCUUGGGUCUAGAGACAGAGGAGCCUGCCAGAAUGUCUGGGGGCUUUGGCGAUUGUCCUUGGGUCUUUGAGAAAGGGGAUGUGUGGAUGGGCCUCAGGGUGGUAUUCUGGGAGCCCCUGAAAUUAUUUGCAAAGGGUUGUGGGCCUAUUCAUUUAUCUGGGGAGGGUUCAGAGAUCUCACUAGACUAUCAAAGGUGCAAAGACUCUUAAAAGGUUAAAAACCACUGACCUUGAGUUUCAGGGCUCAUCAUUUUCUGGCCUCACAAUAUUAUAUUUUCUGAUAUCAGCCUUUAGGAGGACUUCUUGGGGAAAGUGUGAGGAGCAGAGGAUGUGGUGGAGUGAAGGAGACCAGGCUUUGGAGGGGUCCCCAUGAUCUGGUUUAGGGCAGCCCUCGGUAGAUCUCUUUUGGGGGCAGCUGUGGGACUCCACUGAGUCUCAGUUUCCCCAUCUGUACACUGGGAAGAAAAAUGGGCUUGCCUUGUUUCUGUACUGCCUUUCAAGACACAACAACAAAGAAAUCAUGAUAAUGAUAAUGAUAAUAAUGCCAGUAUGUAUAUGAGUGCUUGCUGUGUGUCAGGCAUUGCUCAAUUUGUUCAAGGAUUUUAAUGCGAUUAACUCAUUGAAUCCUUACACCAAUCCAAGGAGAUGAGCACUGUUACCCUUCUAUGGGCUUACAGAGACCUGCAUGAGCAUCAUCUGGCCCAUUAUAUCUCAUCUAGGUCCCUCCCUUAUGCUGACCUUGCUGUUCUUAGAAGAAAUCAGGAACAUUCCACCUUGGAGCUCUCGCUUGGGUGUUCCCUUUGUCUGGAUACUCUUCCCCCAGAUAUUCACCCAUCUCCUUACCCCUCUCUAGGCCUCUCCUGAGAGAGGCCUUCCCUGGCUACCUUAGCUGAAAGAGCAACCCCUACCCCCAGCAUCUCCUUUUUCCACUACUUCACUUUUUUUUUUUAAGAUUUUAUUUAUUUAUUUGACAGAGCGAGACACAGCGAGAGAGGAACACAAGCAGGAGGAGAGGGAGAUGGAGAAGCAGGCUUCCCGCUGAGCAGGAAGCCUGAAGCAGUGCUCGAUCCCAGGACCCUGGGAUCAUGACCUGAGCUGAAGGCAGACGCUUAACGACUGAGCCACCCAGGCGCCCCUACUUCCCUUUUUUUUUUUUUUUUGACAUUUUAUACCUCUGACUUUUGCCGCCCUCUUGAGAGUAGGGGCAUAAUCUGGUUUCUCAUCAUAUCCCCAGCACCCAGGAUGGCAUGUGCUUUAAAGAUAAGGAAUCUGGCUCCAAGAGAGUGACACCGGCCAUGGACCAGCCAGCUGGCCUGCAGGUGGACUACAUCUUCCGGGGUGUGGAGCAUGCUGUGCGGCUGGUGGUGUCUGGACAGGUGCUAGAGCUGGAAGUGGAGGACCGGAUGACGGCUGAUCAGUGGCGGGGCGAGUUCGAUGCCAGCUUCAUUGAAGAUCUGACUCAUAAGACGGGGAACUUCAAACAGUUCAAUAUCUUCUGUAACAUGCUGGAGUCGGCUCUCACCCAGAGCAGUGAGUCGGUCACCCUUGACCUGCUGACCUACACAGAUCUGGAGUCCCUGCGGAAUCGCAAGAUGGGGGGCCGCCCGGGCCCCUUGGCCUCGAGAUCGGCCCAGCUCAACUCCAAACGCUACCUGAUCCUCAUCUACUCUGUGGAGUUUGACAGGAUUCACUACCCGCUGCCCCUCCCGUACCAGGGCAAGCCAGACCCUGUGGUCCUGCAGGGCAUCAUCCGCUCACUGAAGGAGGAGCUGGGCCGCCUUCGAGGGCUGGACGGCCAGGAUGCUCGGGACACCCGGGAGACUGAGAUCUGGCACCUGAGGGAGCAGGUUUCACGCCUGGCAUCUGAGAAGCGAGAACUGGAGGCGCAGCUGGGCCAAUCUCGAGAGGAGGCUCUGGCAGGGAGGGCUGCGCGCCAGGAGGCCGAGGCGCUGCGUGGGCUCGUCAGGGGCCUGGAGCUGGAGCUGCGGCAAGGGCGGGGCCUUGGACACCGCGGGGUUGGCCGCCGCAGCCAGGAUUGCCGGCGCCUGGCCCAGGAGCUCGAGGAGGUGAAGGCUUCGGAGCGGAGCCUGCGCGCCCGGCUUAGGACCGUGAACACCGAGCUGGAGGUGUACAAGAGGGGGAGACGGACUCCGCCCGUGCCGCCGCCCCGAGCCCGGGAGGAUCGGGCUUCGACGUCGCGGGAGCGCUCCACAUCGCGCGGUCGCGGUGCCACCCGCUCUUCUUCCCGGGAGAGCGGCCGGGGGGGCCGGAGUCGAGGCCGCCCUGCCCGCCCCUCACCCUCGCCCACAGGUAGUCGCGUGCCCCGUUUCGACCCCACAGCCUUUGUGAAAGCCAAGGAGAAGAAGCAGAGAGAGAUCAAGAUGAAGCAGCAGCAGCAGCGGAACCGAUUGGGCAGCGGAGGAAGCGGGGACGGCCCGUCCAUCUCCUGGUCUCGCCAGACUCGGCCCCCCGCUGCCGUGAGCGGCCGAGGGGACGCGGCUAACCGCUCGCGAAACCGCAGCUCCUCGGUGGACAGUUUCCGCAGCCGCUGCUCAUCCGCCGGCUCCUGCAGCGAGUUGGAGGAUUUCUCCGAUUCCCUUCCUAGGGGCGUUCGCCGCCGCGGGAAGCCUCCCAGCCCCACCACCUGGGGCGGGUCCAACACGCAGCAGAAGCCCACCCCUGUGGAACGCAGCCGCCAUCAGAGAUGCCUGACCAAUUCGGGGGGCUGGGUCCCUAUGAAAGAGUACAGCUCCGACCACCAGGCAGCAGACAUGGCCGAAAUAGAUGCCCGCCUGAAGGCCUUGCAGGAGUAUAUGAACCAACUGGACACACGGUCGUGACCUCGACCUGGAGUACUGCCCCUCCAUCCCUCACCCACUGCUGGAUUCGGAGUGGGGGGGCGGGCAGCCCUGCUCAGGCUCCUCUCCUGCUGGUGCUACCGGGGUUUCAGGUGUGUGAGGCCUUGGCCCCCCCCCCCCCCGUCAUGCACUGCAUGCUGGGAGGGAAGGUAUGUGCAUUUUGUAAAUAAACUAUUUGCUGUUGGG